AUGUCUGAUAUUCUGUGUCAGUGGCUGAACUCUGAGCUUCGGUUGUCCAGGACAGUCGAGCCGCUUUCUUUGGCCAGAGAUUUCUCUAACGGGUAUCUGCUGGGUGAAAUCCUGCACAAACACCAGCUCCAGGAGGAUUUCCACCAGUUUUCCAAACACAGCACAGCUAAUGCCAAGCUGAACAACUUUACACGUCUAGAGCCCACGCUGCAGCUCCUGGGCGUCCCCUUUGACCUAGGCAUGGCCAAAGCGGUGAUGCAUGGCCAGCAGGGUGCGGCCACACGCCUGCUCUACCAGCUUUACAUCCUGCUGCAGAAGAAGACGCGUUUAGGGCUGACAGGCGCCAUGCUGAAGACCAUGCAGCCUGCAGCCGUCGCCAGACUGCACCGUGUGGAGAAGCACAUCUACACCGAGCGUUUGAGGACGAUGGUGAAGCGUGAGGCAGAUGUGAAGAUGCAGAAGAUCGCACAGCGCUUCGAUAAGAGAGGCCGUGAUGCAUACCGAUGCUUAGUGAUAGCUGAACUGGAGCGAGAGGAGAAACAGCGCCACCUGCAGGAGCAGAUGAGACUGCAGGACAUCCAGAAGCACCGACAGGUCCGUCGGAAGCAGCAGGAGAUAAUGGAUCGUAUUCAGACAGCUAUGGUGCAGAUCCCCAAACCUCCAGUGAGUCGGUCAGUCAGAGCGAUGGGCAAACACAGACACCACCACCAACCAGACACUCAGAGUGUUCAUUAUCAGAUCAGUGAGUUUGAGAAGAACAGGAAGAGACUGUCUCCUGCAUCGUGUUCAGCCUCUGUCAGUGUGCAGGUGAACGAGGAGCAGAUGGAGGAAUGGAACAAUGCAUAUGUGCAGAAGAUCAGGAAGCGUCUAGAGGAGGACGCCACGGCGCGGGAACAGAGAGAGAAACGCCGUCGCCGAGCGCUCAUCCAACAGCUACACGCACAUCAGACCCAUGAGGAGAUGUUGCGGGAGGAGCAGCUGAUUAGGCGACUGAUACGACAGUCCCAGCAGGAGAAGCGAAUCGCAGUUCAGCUGAUGCAGGUCAGAGAGCAGAAGGAGGUUCUGAGGCAGAACCGCAUCCUGAGGGAGAGAGAGAUCCACCAACAGAGACUCAAAGACUUCCAGCAGGCCCUGGACCGAGAGGCAGCUCUGCUGCAGCAGGACCGAAUUAAUGGGGAGGCGGAGCUGUGUAAAGAGAAGGAAUUUCACAAGCGUCUGGCUGCUGAGCGUGCUCAGUCCAAACACCGCAAACACGUCAACAUCUGCAGGGAGAUUCUGGAGCAGAUCGUGGAUCUGUCUACCAAAGUUGGAGAAUACCGCCUGCUCACUGCGAAUCUGAUCCCUGUGAAGCUGAUGAGGGAGUGGAAGGAGUUGUGGUUGAGCGGGAAGCCGCUGUAUGAGAUGGAGUUGAGCCCAGAGCAGGAGGUCGAGGAGGUUGAGAAACUCCACAUCCUCAACAAGCAGGACUACACUGACUACACGAGUAUGACAGGGGAAUGGGCAUGGCCUGUAGAAGGGAAGUAUAAAGCUCCACCCCCUAAUAACAACAUCCUGGGUCAUAUUGUGAGUCGUUUGCGAAACCUGGUUGAGCUGUCUCAAGUGAUUGCUCCGCCCCCUGCGUUCCCUCACUGCACACUCCGAGCCUGCGUUCUGGGGAAAGUCUGCUCUGGAAAGACCACCUGCCUCACCCGCAUCAGCCAGGCUCAUGGUAUCCACACUCUGUCAGCUGAUAAACUGGUCCAGGAAGCGCUGGAAGCUCACCACACUGGAGAACCUGCAAGCGAGGUGAAUACAGGAAGCAGUGUCUCUCCUCAACAGGAAACAGAGCAGAGGGAGGAGGCGGAGCCACAGUCUACUCCACAUGCAGAGCCGCAAACUCACAGCCUGCAGCAGUGCAGAAAGUCUUUGAGAGCUCAGCGUGGUGCACUUGUGGAAGAAGCUUUAAAAACAGGCAAAGGUGUUCCUGAUCACUUACUCAUCGACAUCAUCACAGACGCAAUCAGGAAGGUUCCGUCGGGUCAGGGUUGGGUUCUGGACGGAUUCCCUGUGGAGCUCUCUCAGGCUCGGCUGCUUGAGAAAGCUCUGGGUGGAGCCGACCCGGAUCGGGACUGCAGAAAGGGGCGAGAUAAGAGUCACGAGCUAGCAGUGGACAGGAACGCCCCUCAGACUCCGCCCCCAGCCUCACCUGUGCUGCACGUGGCUGUGUUACUGGAAGUGUCGGAUGAGCAGGUGCUGAAACGACAUCAACACCCAGUACAGGAGCGAGAGAUAAACCCUGAGCACACAGCGCCUCCUGCUGGAGGGAGGACUCAAGAGCAGAGGCAGGUCCAGCACAGGAUUGUGGGUUUUCAGGACUCAUGGCCGAGGCUGGAGGACUGGUUUGGAGUGGAACAGAAGAUCUUGGUGAAGGUGGACGCGGAUGUGGACGAGGACACGCUGUACAGGACGGUGGAGACAGUGCUGUUACACACGAGGGACGCUGCAGAAAAAGGGACACACACUCCGUUACACACAGCAACAGACGAUAUGUCAGCGUCUACAGACGUCCAGAAACCAGACUCAGACAGCUGUGGUGAUCCCAGGAAGGCGUCAGCCUCUUCCUCAUCAGCUGCUAAAGCCCCGCCUUCUGAGCCUGGCUCCUCCUCCUGGGUGUAUGUGGAUCAUCAGCUACCCGAGGAAGUGUCAGAGAAUCUGCUGUCACACUGGGAGAACAUGUGCAGUUUGUACGUCUCCAACGUUAAAGCUGUGAUGCAGAACCUGCGCAAGGAGAGAAACCUCAUCAUACACCACCUCCACAACAUCAGAGAGGAAUAUAAACAGUACCUGACGAGACCGGAUCUGAAGCAGGAGUUUGUGUGGGCGUGGCAGCGUGAAUAUAACAGUGUGGCAGACGACACGAGACACGAAGACGAGACCAAAUCAGAACUGCACCAGAGACUGGAGGAUCUGCAAGAGCGUCUGUGGGAUAUCUGUGAUAAGAGGAAAGAGGAGGCGGUGCAGGAGAAAGCAGCUCUUACAGAAGACGGCUGGCUCGAAAAUCACACUUCUCUUCUCAUUAACCACUACUAUACUCUCAUACGGGUGGAAGUGGACAGGUUUCAGUACACUGUGCGUCUGUUGAGAGCUUAUUAUGCAGCUAUGUUCAGGGAUGCUGUACCUGAAGCUACACCUGAGUUUACCUGCAUCACGCUGCGUGAUAUCACCGAUGGCAACAGCAUCCAGCCUGAGAGAGCAAAUAGGCCCUCCACAGCUGACUUACCCACAGAGAAAGACGAGGUUCACCCUGAUGAGGAACUACUGCAGGAUUUCCAUCAUGCAGCUGUCACUUCUGUCACAAAGCUGGUAACAGCAGAGAUGCAGCAGUUGGAGAAGGAGAGGAACGAGGAGCUGCAGCAGCAGAUGGACAGAAAAUCAACACACGCAGAGUCACACACUCCCGUCCCCACAACACACACUGAUAAAGACAAGAAGGAAGAUCCCCCCUCCUCCACCCAGGAGCCCCCCCCACUGAAGGAGGACACUACAGAAGUGCCGAAGAGGACACUGAGAACCAUGAGACUGGAGUACAAAACUGCAUUACAACAUGAGGAGCGCUCUGUAUGUGUGCGUUUGGAGCGGGUGAAGCUGCAGUGUGUGGAGACAUUGCGAAGUCUGCAGAACCGAGCUGAAUCGGCUCACAGAGAGAUGGAGGAGUGGGGUGGGGCUCGCUUCCAGUCUGAAGUCAACAGCAUUGAUCAGCUGGCAGCCAUCAUUCGUCACCACAUUGAGAUUGGAUCACAGAUCACACAUGAGCUCACAUUAGCAUGUAACGACUUAUUCAUCAAUGGAGACACGUGUGUGGUUGUGACUCCACCUCCUCCACCCAACCCACCCCCUCCUAAGGUGACCAAUGAGGGCUUUCUCUCUCUAACUGUGCAGCAGCUGUACAACCUGCAUUCCCACCUGCUCAACAUCGCCCCUACAGGUCUGGUGUCCAGUGGCAUUUUGUGUGAGGCUCUGACUCUCUGUGGAGCUUCAGAUGUUUUGUGUGAAGACUCACAGGACUGUGGGAUGGUGGACUGGCGUCAGGUACUGUUGAGUGCCGCUCGUCCGUGGCCACUCCCCUCACAGACACAACUAAUAAAGACACUCACACACUUCAGAGAGAUCGAUACAGCAGGGGGCGGAGUCAUCACACUGCAGCAGUACCUACAGGUGGAGUUGUGGUUUCCCACUCAGAGAGAACUUCCUGUUCCUGAUGGUUCACCUGAACCUCAACUGUACGACAGACUGACCAACCUCAGAAAGUUCUUCUUCACUCUGUUCUCAGACUCCGCCCACUCUCUACCUGUGUGUGAUUAUAUGAACAUGCUGCUGUAUUUCUGCGCUCAUCCUGAUCCAGCACGCGGCUUCACUAGAGCCCUGAGCCUAGUGACCCAACACACAUUGCGAUAUACACACACACCACCCACGGGCCUGCUGCAGUCCUACGUCGCAGGUGAUGUGUGUGAUGAGGAAGAGGAGGAGGAGUUUGAGGAUGAUGAAGCUGGUGUGUCGAUAGAUGAUGUACUCAGAGUUGUGAGAGGAGCUCGAGUCUCAGCUCAACAACACACUAAAGCUCAGAAUACAGAGGAGUUGCAACAGGAUCUAGUGGAGGUAUUUAAAGGUCUCGGCUUUAAGCCGGAAGAGAAGAUACCAUUCCAUUUACUGUCUCAGCAAACUGUUCUACAAGAGAUGAUGAACUCAUCACAGUACCUGCUGGCAGACUUUUCCAGAAUUCUGGAGACCCAGCAGGAUUCAUCAGCAGAAGAUCCUGUAAGUGAAAUGGCAUCUAACGCCUCACCAAAAGUGGAGUAACUCCACCCUCCACCCACUCCGCCUUGCUGAGAGAAGUUAACACCCUGCUCACUCCCAGCCUCCACCCCGUUCCACUGGACCCUCCGUCCCCCAUCACUCUGCUCAUCUCAGAGACCUCCUGACUGGGAUUUUUCUUGCUGGACUGAAUCCCUCUGUAACAGGAAGAGGAACGGUCUCCAGCUGCUGCCCAGUCUGCUACACUGCUGUGGAUAAGAGCGUCUGCGAAAUGCCUGUAAUUUACAAAUAUAAGUGACUAGACUGGAAGAUUUCAGCGUGUGUGGUGCAGGCUGCUGUGUUUUGUGAAAAGUCAGUGGAUUUCUUACAGAACAUUA